UUAGCUCGCACUCGCGACGUGGACCGGGAAGAUGUAGUUGUAUGGGGAACAUGUUCUGCGGGGCCCACCCCUUCUUAAGGGCCCGAUAUGUCACGCGUUUAUCAUCUGGUUUUCCUCGUUCAUUCUCUCUUUCUCUCCUUCUUGUAUCGGUGUUCGAUUGAUUGUCGUUAGAGAAUGCACAGUCAUCUGCCACUCACCCCGUUAUGAUUUCGGGGGUGCAAUAUUACCCGUCGAGGCCCGGCGGACGAUAAGCGCGUUCGUCAACAGUGACGUCAUUAUGAUAGCACUGUAGUAAAAAUGACGAUCAUUUUUUUAUAUUGUUAGCCUGUAUGUGUCCUAUUUAUUAGCGCUAUUAUUGUCGCAUUGUCUCGUACAUUGUACGCACAUAUAUGCAUCUAACGGUGUCAAGAUACUGUGCAUUCACGUUCACAUUCAGUUGAUGCCACGGUGGAGCUAUCGCUUCGAUCAUCAUUCCGAUAAAUUCUUGGGAGAAAAUGGCUGCAGAAAAGUACAGCAAGGCCGAGCCCGAGCUUAAGAAAGAAUUACAAACGAUCGCGCAACAAAUCGUAGCACCCGGCAGAGGUAUCCUAGCCGCCGAUGAAUCGACCGCGACGAUCGGCAAGCGUCUUCAGGACAUCAAUGUCGAAAACACCGAAGACACUCGCAGGGCUUACAGACAACUUCUUUUCACUACAGCAAAGGAUGUUAUCAGGCAGCACAUUUCCGGAGUCAUACUUUUCCAUGAAACUCUCUAUCAGAAGGCUGACGACGGCACGCCGUUCGUUGAGCUGCUGAAACAGCGCAAUAUUAUCCCGGGUAUCAAAGUCGACAAGGGUGUUGUUCCACUUUUCGGCACGGACAACGAAUGUACGACCCAGGGUCUCGACGAUCUCCAGGCACGUUGCAUCCAGUACAAGAAAGACGGCUGCCACUUUGCCAAAUGGCGAUGCGUGUUGAAGAUCACGAAGGAUACGCCGAGCAAGCUCGCUAUCUUGGAGAACGCUAAUGUGUUGGCCCGCUACGCCUCCAUCUGUCAGAGUGCCAGAAUUGUGCCGAUUGUGGAACCUGAGAUUCUACCCGAUGGUGACCAUGAUCUCGCCCGUUGCCAGCAGGUUACGGAAGAGGUCCUGGCAGCCGUUUACAAGGCACUUUCAGAUCAUCAUGUAUAUCUCGAGGGAACGCUACUGAAGCCCAACAUGGUGACGCCCGGUCAAAGCUGCCCGACGAGAGCGACUCCCCAGGAAAUCGCCGCCGCAACGGUGACGGCGUUGAUGCGUACCGUGCCACCCGCGGUACCCGGUAUUACCUUCCUCAGCGGUGGUCAGUCCGAGGAGGAGGCAUCAGUCAACCUGGAUGCCAUCAACAAGUUCCCAGCGAAGAAGCCCUGGGCAUUGACCUUCAGUUAUGGACGUGCCCUUCAGGCCUCCGUACUUCGCGCUUGGCAAGGCAAGGCCGACAAAGUUGCUGCUGGCCAGGAGGAAUUAAUUAAGAGGGCUAAGGCAAAUGCUGCAGCUUGCCAAGGCAAAUACGUCGCCGGCAGCGUUUCUAGCAAAGCCGCUGGUACCUCUCUCUACGUCAAAUCGCACGCCUAUUAAAAAAAUCUUGUUUUCGUUUUCCGUGACAGCUAACAGCGAAUCGGCGCUUGGCAAAUAUGCAGGUGGUGUGGCCGGCGCCGCGGGAGACGCAGCACUCUUUGUCGCCAAUCACGCGUAUUAGGUUGAUCCACAGAAAAAUUCGAACAAAAGACGAGACGCGAGAUAAGCCAUCGUUGGAAGUACCUCGCUCGAUCAUUAUCACUGUUCUUCCCAAGGAAGUUGCGCAAAGGAAGAAGUUCUCUCAAAGAUCAAGACGCGUGCAAAAUCUUUACAAGAUCAUUUUAUCUCUUCUUUUUUACUCGUUGAAAGCAUUAUAUCAUUUCUCAUUGAUAAUUAUGUUUUUAAAUUGAAACUUUUAAUCGAUCAAUUUUUUACGCAAAUUUCUGUCGAUCAGGUACGUUUUUUAAUUGAUCUUUACAUAAUUUUUGAACUAUGGUACUUCAAUAUCAAUAUCCAAUUAAAUUAUUGGUGCUUCAUCGCCACUUUUAUCACUUUUAAAGAGAAAUUAAUUUAACGUGAUCCUAAGCGAUAUUAAUAAUAAUCGAAGAAGGAAGAUCGAAACGUUACGCACUGACCGUGAGCAGAUUUUUGCAACAUUCGAUAUUACGAUACGCGUUAUUAUUAUAUUCUGUAAUGCCAUAAUACAAAAGCAAAUAUAUAUCUAUGUAUAUAUGUUUUUGUAUAUUAUAUAUAUAUAUAUACAUAUAUAGUCAGUGCGUUAUUAUAUAUCAUAUAUAUAUUCUACGUGUAUAAAUUAAAGAGAACUAUAAACAAGAUAUGCAAAAUGAUGCGAAUAUUAAAUGUUAAUUGUUAGUGACUGAAUCGAAUAUUACGAAAUCAUGCUGCAUCGUGUCAUCUACAUAUGUAUACAGUACUAUGUGUAUCUUAAAUAGCUAAACUUAAGCAAUUUAUUGAGAACUAUCUCGUAUGUCAAUGUUAUAUCCAGAUAUUUUCAUUGUAAUCUAGGUCACCAAAUACAACUGUGGAGGGC